CCACUAAGCACAUUUGGGGCUAAAAAAUGGACAACUCCUUUGUGGAAGAAGUGGCUGCAUCACUGGUGAGAGAAUUUCUCAGUAGAAAGGGUUUGAAGAAAACCAUCACUACCAUGGACCGGGAGCUUCCACGCUCUGCCCUUAGCAUCAAUAACAGGAAUGAACUUCGAAAUGUCCUACAUCUGCACUCCUUGUACAAACACAACAAGGCAAAGGAGAACCCACUGAAAACACUUCUUGAAAUUAUUACUAAUUACUUCCUUGAGCACCGUGCGACUUCUAGAAGCAUCAGUUCAAGUUCUGCUCUCUCAGCUCCUCAAAGUAAGAGUGCAGCAUCUCAUCCACCCGACUUUUCGGAUGAAGACCACAUGCGUGGGAGUGCCACUACGCUCGAUGAAAGCAAAACUCAAGGCUACAGAUAUGAUGCUGAGAAUCCACUAGAUAAAAUCCUUCCAUCCAGAAAACAUCAGCACAGAAGUGAAAAAUGCCACACAGGGACAAUACACAACAGCCACUUACCCUGUGAUGGGGAUAAGAAAUUAAAAGAUAGUCGAGAAGAUUUAAAAGCAGGAACGAUUUCUGAGGAGAUGAAAUCCACAGUGAAGGAGAAGCCAAGGCUCAGGUCUGGUCUCAUUGUCAGAGGAAUGAUGGCUGGACCAGUAGCAAGUUCACCAGAGGAUCUGCAAAAAAGGAGGCUUCCAAAACUAUCCACUAGCAUAAGUAGCACAGCACAGCUCAAGGGUGAAGAACAUGAAGAAAAUGACCUGAAUGUCCCAAGUACCGAUUUUCAAGAAAGUAAAGGAUCUUCAACACAAGUAGAUACAAAGUUUGCAUCAAAGACUAUGUCAAGCUCACACACAAGUUCAGCCUCUGAAAAACUCAGAAACAUCCCCAAAGAUACAGAUGACUCUUUUGCCAAACUGCUGACCGAAAAAGAGAGGAGCAAGGCAGAAGAAAGAAAAUCAGUUCCAAGCUCUGGUACAGACAGCAAUGAAAAAAGCCUUAAAGUGAGUGUCCCUCACAGACAUUCAGGGGCUGGAAAAGAGAAGAGAGAAAGGUCACUCAAGAAAAAUGAGAGUCAGUCGUCAGGCCACAGGAAAUCUCCAACAUCCACUUGCUCUAAAGAAGACCAGAUGAAAGAUGUCCUAGAAUUAGUUGAUGUUGAAGAAGAAGAAACAACCGGAGAAGUUAGUAAGAACCCGUAUCUUUCAACACUGCAUAUGCUUCAAGUAGUAUCAAAACCAAUUGAUAUUUCUCUUGCAAAAGAAUUAAAGAAUCUUUUGUUUGGCUCCAGUCUUUGUUGCUUCAGUGAAGAAUGGAAAAUACAGAGUUUUACAUUUAAUAACAUACCUCAGUUAAAAUAUGGCAUUGUGCAAAAAAAGGGUGGCCCAUGUGGAGUUCUGGCUGCAGUUCAAGCUUGUGUCCUACAACAGCUUAUUUUUGCAGACAGUAACAGGAAUAAAGACACUCGUUGUCUUCAGCCUUCAGAAGUUCACAGGACCAAAUGCCUCACCAUGGCUAUUGCAGACAUACUGUGGCGUGCGGGAGGCAAUGAAAAAGCAAUUGUGGCACUGCCAUCAGGAAGACAGCAGUUCACUCCCGUAGGAAAAUACAAGGCAGAUGGAAUCUUGGAAACUCUAAUACUACAUAGUGCCACAAGAUAUGAAGAUCUGAUUGUGUUUCUUCAGCAGAAUAUUCGCCAGUUUGAGACUGGUCCCUGUGGGUGCAUCCUUCUGACUGUUUCUGUCAUCUUAUCAAGAUCUAUCAAUCUGGUGCGCAAUGAUUUCGAUGUGCUUACAAACCGACUGAUUGGCAGCCAUGGCUAUUGUACUCAGGAAUUGGUGAAUUUGCUUUUGACUGGCAAAGCCGUGUCCAAUGUUUUCAACAACGUGAUAGAGCUGGACUCUGGAAAUGGGAAUAUCACAAUUUUGAAAGGUGUCACAAGCCGCAGUGAUAUUGGUUUGCUGUCUCUCUUCGAGCACUAUGAUGUUUGUCAGGUUGGUUGUUACUUGAAGACCCCGAAAUACCCAAUUUGGUUGGUAUGCAGUGAAAGCCACUUCAGUGUGCUUUUUUGUUUGGAAAAGGAUUUACUAGGUGACUGGAAAACAGAGCGGAGAUUUGAUCUAUUGGAAAAGGAUUUACUAGGUGACUGGACAGAGCGGAGAUUUGAUCUGUAUUAUUAUGAUGGCUUGGCCAACCAGGAAGAAGAAAUACGGUUAACGGUUGACACAACUCAGAUGUGCACUGAAGAUAAAGAAAAUGAUCUUACUCCUCCACUUGAGCAUUGUAUUAGGACAAAGUGGCAAGGAGCUGUUAUUGACUGGAAUGGCACAGAACCAAUCUUGUGA